UUUUCAACUUCAUCUGCAACUUCAAUUGAUCCAUUUCCAAGUCCACUUUCAAGAAAUUUAUUUAACGUCUCCAAUUUGGACGAUCCUUUUAGUCCCACUCCCUCUAAGCAACAAGACUAUUUCCAAGAUGUUUCAAAUGACAUGUCAGACAUCUUUCAGCCACGAUCAUUGGAGGCUAAAGUAAGUGAGGAUCUGUCUGAGAUGACCUCCAGUCCCAUGUAUACACCUUUAAUAGACAUUUCUUCAAAUGUGAAGUUGAAGACGUCCGCAUCAACAGAUCUUCCCAAGAAAAUGCCAAAACCACCUCCACCCUAUAAACCAAAGCGUCCCAAUACGCUAAAAGACGUGGUCUUGACGACUUCUCAAGAAAACAAACAAGAUCUCCAGUUGACUCCCUUAAGUCAGUCCAGUAGUCUGCCUGCAUCGCCCAGCCCUUCUUUAGGUGACUUAACUCAAGUAUCAACUUUUAAACGUCCACCAAAGCCACUUCCUCGAACUCGACGCCACAGGCCAGAAAUGCCACAGAAUCCAGAGAGUACCCCACAUCCAGCGAGUCCUCCACUUCCAGCAAGUCCUCCAUAUCCAGAGAGGCUCCUAAUACCAGAGAUUCAUAUUGAACCUGAACCAGAUGAACCACAGCCCCCUCCGAAACGGCAUUUAAAACUACCCCCCAAGCCACCUAAACCAGUUAUUCGCCUUAAACCAAAGACCCCAGAGAUGAAACCAGUGGAUCCUGAGAACUAUGUGGUCAUUGAGGAUGUUUUGCUUACUGGGCAGGUAUGUUACUACAAAAUUGUUCAGGUUAAUAAUGGUCAGGGAGUGAAGGGUUGA